ACAACUUGUCGUGGACAAAUAGUACAUACUUCACUGUUCGCUGCGUUUUCCGCGCAUUUGCAAACAUACCUACUUUCAGGAAUUAUUGUAGUAGUGUUAAUAUUUUAGUACACGGCAAAGUUGGAAAAUGAGUGUCCCCAGUGUUACUUUAUGUGAUAAUGUAAAAAUGCCCGUUUUGGGUUAUGGAACUUGGCAGGCAAAAGAUGAUGAGCUGGAGCAAGCUGUCGAGGCAGCUUUGGAAGCAGGAUAUCGGCAUAUCGACACAGCUCACGUAUACGAAAAUGAAAAAGUUAUUGGAAAAGUUCUGAGUAAAUGGUUUUCCUCUGGCAAACUAAAGAGGCAGGAUAUUUUUUUGGUGACAAAAUUACCCCCUGGAGGUAAUCGUCCCGAAUCUGUUCCAAAGUACCUCAAGAGGUCGCUCGAACUGCUUCAAGUUGAAUACGUGGAUCUAUAUUUAGUGCAUGUUCCCUUUGGAUUUAAAGAUGUAGAAGGUGAUUUGCAUCCCAGAACUCCUGAAGGACUUAUUGAUAUGGAUACCGAAACGGAUCACGUGGCUUUAUGGAAGGCAAUGGAAGCUCAAGUUGAUGCCGGUUUAACAAAAGCAAUAGGGAUUUCGAACUUCAACAAAAAUCAGAUAGAAAAGAUUCUGGAAAAUGCUAGGAUUCCUCCAUGUAAUUUGCAAGUGGAGCUUCAUGCUUACUUGCAACAGAAAGAUUUGGUCGAAUUUUGCAAGAAGAAUAAAAUCGUUGUGACGGCCUAUUCACCGUUGGGAUCCCCGGGACUGGCUAAAUUUAUGGCUCAAUUUGGUCGAACGAUUGAUUUACCAGAUAUUUUGAACAACCCAGUGGUUCAAACGAUUGCAACGAAACACAAGAAAACGGAAGCGCAAAUCGUCCUUAGACAUGCAAUACAGAAGGAUAUCGUCGUGAUUCCGAAGAGUACAAAUCCGAAACGUCUUCGUGAAAAUAUUUCAAUUUUUGAUUUUCGUCUAGAUGACUCAGAAAUGAAACAAUUGAAUGAUUUAGAUCAGGGGCUUAGAAUCUUGAAUUUCAUGAUUUUUCAAGGGAUUCAGAACCAUCCGGAAUACCCUUUCAAAGCAGAGAUCGGUAAACUUUAAUAAAAAAUUUAUUGUUUCGUUAACGAUAUGAUGCACAGACAAUACAGGAAAUUAUUUUCGUUGUAGUUUGGUGUUUAUAAGUAUAACUAGGUAGUAA